AUGAAAAAAAAAGCCAAAAUAUCUGCACUGCGACCAGAACUAACGCUCUGCGAUUUCUCCCUGGUAGCUGAUAGCAGACCAGUCGUCAUCUCUGGUCCCUCCGGGAGUGGGAAAUCCACACUGAUUAGUAAACUCUUUUAUGAAUACCCCUCCACCUUUGGCUUCAGUGUCUCACAUACCACCAGACUCCCUCGUCCUGGCGAGCAAGAUGGAAUCGCCUACCACUUUAUCUCUCCCUCGACCAUGUCUGAGCUGAUCUCUCAACAAGACCCACGCUUCUUUCUCGAACACGCCGUCUUCUCUGGCAACCAUUAUGGCACCAGCAAAAAAGCUGUCCAGGACGUGAUCAAUAGCGGAAAAAUCUGUAUCCUCGACAUUGAUCUACAGGGUGUCCGAAGCGUUCGAGAGUCGGGUUUGGACGCGAGAUAUGUGUUUGUUCGGCCAAGGGGUUUGGAAGUUCUGGAGAGGAGACUGAGGGGGAGGGGGACCGAGACAGAAGAGGCGAUCAGGAAGAGGCUGGAGAUUGCGAGGGCAGAAUGGACCGAGGGGUUAGAGGGAGGGAUGUUUGAUUGCGUGGUUGUGAAUGGUGAACUCGAGGAGGCGUACAGGGAUCUGAGGGAUUAUAUCUUCUCGCCAAGGCGGUCAUAG